AUGGGAGCGUUGCAGAUUGCUGGAUUUUGCACGCUUUUCUUUCUCCUCCACUCUGGAAACACGCUGGCAAAUAAAGCCGGGCAAGAUGUGGACGAGUGCGUGGAGGGCACCGACAGCUGCCACAUCGACGCCAUCUGCCAGAACACCCCGAAAUCCUACAAGUGCAUCUGCAAGUCCGGCUACACCGGCGAUGGGAAGCACUGCAAAGACGUCGAUGAGUGCGAGCGGGAGGACAACGCGGGCUGCGUCCACGAGUGCGUCAACAUCCCCGGGAACUACCGCUGCACUUGCUACGACGGCUUCCGCCUGGCACACGACGGCCACAACUGCCUAGACCUGGACGAGUGCUCCGAGGGCAACGGCGGCUGCCAGCAGACCUGCGUCAACAUGAUGGGCAGCUAUGAGUGCUUCUGCCGGGAGGGCUUCUUCCUCAGCGACAACCAGCACACCUGCAUCCAGCGCCCCGAAGAAGGAAUGAACUGCAUGAACAAGAACCACGGCUGCGCCCACAUCUGCCGGGAGACCCCCAAGGGGGGCAUCGCCUGCGAGUGCCGCCCGGGCUUUGAGCUCACCAAGAACCAGCGCGACUGCAAACUGACCUGCAACUACGGGAACGGCGGCUGCCAGCACACCUGCGACGACACCGACCAGGGCCCCAAGUGCGGCUGCCACGUCAAGUUCCUGCUGCACUCCGACGGCGUGACCUGCAUCGGGGAGAGACACUUCCAGCAACACGUUAUCCUUGAGACGUUUUCUAAUGAAACGUGCGCCGUGAACAACGGAGGCUGCGACAGCAAGUGUCACGACGCGGCCACGGGCGUGCACUGCAGCUGCCCCAUGGGCUUCAUGCUCCAGCCCGACAGGAAGACGUGCAAAGACAUCGACGAGUGCCGGCUCAACAACGGGGGCUGCGACCACAUCUGCAGGAACACGGUGGGCAGCUUCGAGUGCAGCUGCAAGAAGGGCUACAAGCUGCUCAUCAACGAGAGGAACUGCCAAGACAUCGACGAGUGCUCUUUCGACCGCACCUGCGACCACCUCUGCAUCAACACCCCCGGGAGCUUCCAGUGCCUCUGCAACAAGGGCUACACGCUGUACGGGCUCACCCACUGCGGAGAUGUGGACGAAUGCAGCAUCAACCGCGGGGGCUGCAAAUUCAACUGCAUCAACACGCCCGGCAGCUACCAGUGUACCUGUCCCGCCGGCUGCAAGCUGCACUGGAACAAAAAGGACUGCGUAGCUGGUGCGUGUCCCUCAGAGCUGGUGAAAUGCCUGCCAGGUUCGGUGCCGCCGCGGGCCACCCUCACCUGCAACAAGACAGGGAAGAAGGACAGCUGCGCCCUCACCUGCGCCUCCAAGGCUCGCUUCCAGCCAGAGUCCGACAGCAGCUACACGGUGAGCUGUGGGACGCCCGUGCUGCGGCAGGGCAGCCAGCAGAGACCGGCCAACAGCAGCCAGCAGUGCCUCGAGACUGUCGUUGCGCCAAUCAAGCAAAAGGCUUCCUUCAAGAUCAAGGACGCCAAGUGCCACCUGCACCCGCGGGCCAAGGGCAAGCAGGAUGAGGCCGGGAAAGCCGGGGCGCAAGGCGGUGCGGCGCCCUGCUCCGACUGCCAGGUUGCCUUCGUCAACCUCAAGUGCGACUCGUCCAAGAAAGGGAAGGGCCGGCGGGCGCGCAAUUCCUCCGGCAAGGAGGUGACGCGCAUCACGCUGGAGUUCGAGGCCGAGAUCAAGCCGGAGGAGACCACAGCCAGCUGCAACCUGCACUGCCUGCGGCAGAAAGUGGAGAAAAAGCUCAAGUCGGCCAUCAAAGCCCUGAAGAAAUCCAUCAACCAGGAGCGGUUCCUGCUCCGCUUCGCCGGGAUGGAGUACGAGGUGGCGAGGAAGCUGAGCGUGGCCCCCGAGCGGCAGGAGAGCUGCGGGCCGGGCCAGCAGCGCCUGGGCACCAAGUGUGUUAGCUGCUCGCAGGGAACCUAUUACCACGGCCAGACGGAGCAGUGCGUCCCCUGCCCCUCGGGCACCUACCAGGAGAAGGAAGGGCAGCUCUCCUGCGACCUGUGUCCCCGCAGCGACGCCUUCGGCCCCGUGGGAGCCACCAACAUCACCGGCUGCACGGGUCAGUGCCCCCCCGGCCAGCACUCCGCCGACGGCUUCAAGCCCUGCCAGCCGUGCCCCCGCGGCUCCUACCAGCCCGAGGUGGGGCGGGCGCUCUGCUUCCCCUGCGGCGGGGGGCUGACCACCAAGCACGAGGGAGCCCUCUCCUUCCAGGACUGUGACACCAAAGUCCAGUGCUCGCCCGGGCACUACUACAACACCAGCGUCCACCGCUGCAUUCGCUGCGCCGUGGGCACCUACCAGCCCGAUUUUCGGCAGAAUUACUGCAUCGCCUGCCCCGGCAACACCACCACCGACUUCGACGGCUCCACCUCCGUGUCCCAGUGCAAAAACCGGCAGUGCGGGGGCGAGCUGGGCGAGUACACGGGCUACAUCGAGUCCCCCAACUACCCGGGGAAUUACCCCGCCAACGUGGAGUGCACGUGGAACAUCAACCCGCCCCCCAAGCGCAAGAUCCUCAUCGUGGUGCCGGAGAUCUUCCUGCCCUCCGAGGACGAGUGCGGGGACGUCUUGGUCAUGCGGAAAAACUCCUCGCCGUCCUCCAUCACCACCUACGAGACGUGCCAGACGUACGAGAGGCCCAUUGCCUUCACGGCCCGCUCUCGCAAGCUGUGGAUCAACUUCAAAACCAGCGAGGCCAACAGCGCCCGGGGCUUCCAGAUCCCCUACGUCACCUACGACGAGGACUACGAGCAGCUGGUGGAGGACAUCGUGCGGGACGGCAGGCUGUACGCCUCCGAAAACCACCAGGAGAUCCUCAAGGACAAGAAGCUGAUCAAGGCGUUCUUCGACGUGCUGGCGCACCCCCAGAACUACUUCAAGUACACGGAGAAGCACAAGGAGAUGCUGCCCCGCUCCUUCAUCAAGCUGCUCCGCUCCAAAGUCUCCAGCUUCCUCCGGCCUUACAAAUAG